AUGAAUAUUGAGGAGCAAAACACCAGUUUCACCGCUCUCGACAACAAGAUCAAUGAUCUUGUGACUCGGCUCACUCAGUUCACCAAUGAUAUCAGGGCCACGUUGGCAGCACCAAAUGCUAGUCAAGUCACACCUCAAGCUGCCUCUAAGCCCGUAGAAGGGCCUGCGAGAAGGAAUGUUGCUGAGGAGGCAUUGGGUUCUACACCCGUAAUGGUCAAACUAGACCCCAUUUCGGAAGCCGUCACGGCCCGUUUGGAGGAAGAGCGUAACAAGAGGUUCACAAAGAUAGAAGAGAAACUCCGUGCGCUACGAGGAUAUGAAGAGCACAUGAUCGAGGAUCUGUCUCGAUAUACACAAAUGAGCUUUCCUGAGAAGUUCAAGAUUCUCGACUUUACUAAGUAUGAUGGGACCGGAGACCCAAAGAUCCACUUAAAGUACUAUUUGAAUCGAAUGGCGAGAUAUGCCCAGAAUGUCCCAUUAAUGAUUCAGACUCUUCAAGAGAGUUUGACGAGGCCUGCUUUGCAAUGGUAUGUCUUGUCGGAGCCCGAGAAGUUUGAGAAGUGGGAGGAGUUGGCCGAAGCGUUCGUCCUGCAAUACAAAUACAACAUUGAGAUAGCUCUAACACGUGAAGUAUUGACUCGAACUGAAAAGAAAAGAAGUGAGUCCUUCAGAGCUUUUGCUCAAAGAUGGCAUACUCUCGCCGAUCAAGUUCGUCUUCCACUCGAUGAAAAGGAGCUAUUGGAUCUCUUUCUCAAGGCCUUACCUAAUAAUUUCUAUUUGAAGUUGGUGGGUUCUGGAUGCCUAACCUUCUCUCAGUUGGUAGAUGUCGGAGAAAGGGUAGAGGGAGCCAUGCGUGAUGGUAGAUUGAACGAAGGGACUAGUCGGAAGAUACCGAAUAGAAAAGAAAAGGAUGUGGAGAUCACAUAUAUACAAGCGCCGCUUGUGACAAGGCCCCCUGCCUCAUCCUCUCAAGUCCCGUCUGUGUUCUGA